UCUCAGUUUCCCCGGCGGCGCGGCGCGGGCGGCCCCGGAUGCCAUCCCGACUUGUGUGACCGCCGGCAGUCCGCAGUCCUGAGCUGCUCCGAGUGCACGCGUGCCUCAGUUUCCCCUGCCGGAGGGGCGGGGCCUCAGGGCAUGUCUCAGCCCCGCCUUAUCCGGUUUGGUUUUCUUUGUUUUUGUUUUCUGCCCCUCGGAGUUCGGGUCGUCGAGUUGAGUUCCGUUGGGACGAGGGCGCGAACUCGGGCGCUGUGACGCCCUGUGCUCCUUGUUUGUGACCUUGGGGCGCGAAGCCCUGCCAGUCAGCUUUGCAUUCCUGGGGCGUUGUAGUGUCUUUUUGAGGUAUCGCAGGUGGAGGGGAAAGAGAUGGACCCCCCGGACUCGGCCUCGAGGGUCUUCUGUGGUCGCUUCCUCAGCAUGGUGAACGCUGAUGAUGUCAAUGCCAUCAUCCUGGCCCAGAAGAACAUGCUGGACCGCUUUGAGAAAACCAACGAGAUGCUUCUGAACUUCAACAAUCUGUCCAGUGUGCGACUGCAGCAGAUGAGCGAGCGCUUCAUGCACCACACCCGCACCUUGGUGGACAUGAAGCGGGACCUGGACAGCAUCUUCCGCAGGAUCAGGACGCUGAAGGGGAAGCUGGCCCGGCAGCACCCAGAGGCCUUCAGUCACAUCCCAGAGGGGUCAUUCCUAGAGGACGAAGAUGAAGACCCCAUCCCACCCAGUAUCACCACGACCAUCGCCACCUCAGAGCAGAGCACAGGCUCCUGUGACACCAGCCCUGACACUGUCUCACCAUCUCUCAGUCCUGGCUUUGAGGACCUGUCACAUAUUCGACCUGGUUCCCCUGCCAUCAACGGCCACAGCCACACAGAUGAGGAGGAAGAGACACGUGGAGAAUAACCCCCUUCACUAUCCCAGAAAGGCUCAGGGCAGCAGUGGUCCUCCGGGGUCACAUGUGGUCAGCUUUGCUGCUCCAUUCUGUCACAGGCAGGACGGGAUUUCCCCAUGCCAGCACAUUCACCCUAGCUGGGGCAGUAGGGCUGGCUACAGGUAUCCUGGAGCUCAGCCUAGGCCAGCUUCUGAAGUCCCCAGAGACCAAAGCCAGAUGUCCCCCAAGUCAUGGGGGAGGCCCCCUGGAGGCAAAAGGUACUGCAGGUCUGAGCUUGCCCCUGGCAGCUGGUAGCUGCUGAUUUAACUCUGGAGUACGUUUCUUUCUUGUGUGGAAUUCUGGGAGAGGUAGAAGGUUCCAGAUAGAGGCAGCCUUGACUCUGUGGGGAGCUGUUUCUCACAGGUCUAAGAGGCAUCUCCAGGAGCCAGCCGACUGUCCCUAGAAAACAACUGAAUGGAAUAUUUUUGUACCGAUGUUUACAGACGCUGUCGGGAAGUUAUCAGUAAAGACUCUUAAAAGGGAA